CGUGCCCCAAAACUGCCCCAGUGUGGUUGAUGAGCGCAGCAACGAACAGUAUCAGUGUUCUCAACCAGCGCACUAGCUCCUCCACAGCUUUUUUUUCUGGGUGGUGGUUCUACGGUGAGCCUUUUCAUUCCCAGUUUUCCAGCGCAAGGGCGGCUCCAGAGGGGUGUCUGACGGGACUGAUUUUUCUCGUGCGAAAUUGUAGCGCAUAACCAAACACGGCGCCGCUAAAGUGGAGAGUGAUCAUCGUGAUCGACACGUUUGCCGCGGUGUGUUGUAUGUGUGUGCGAGCGAGCGAAGGAAAGUGUUCACUGGCAGACACUAGCAGCAGGUAGUAGCUGGCGGCGUGCCUAGCAUACAAGUCUCUUCUGUGUAGCGGUGUGUGUAUGUGUAUGUGAGUUUGUGUGCGCCAGCUCGCCCCGUUUAGCAGUGUGAAAAGCAGUGUUGUGUUGGAGCGUCUUCGUUGUGUAUGUGUGUGUGUGUGUGAGUGUGGCAGCAGCAGAAGCCACCAAGCUGAACUUCCCUUUCAGUACUCAGUCCGCCCUCACCUGUGUUCCGGUGUUUUCUCGCACGAUCGUCUAGCCACCGGCACACCCUUCCCCGGUUUGCGGUUGCAGUUGCUUUAGUACGUACAUAAAGGCGCGCGCAGUUUCUACUUCCCCCCCCCCCUUUUUCCCAGCUGUGAUUCUCGUUUGGCCAAACCCCUUUGGCCGAACCGACAACAAACCUUCAAAACGUUCUGCACGGAAGCGAUACGCAUUAUGGGGUGCGCACAGUCGGCUGAGGAACGGGCUGCCGCCGCUAGGAGCCGCCUGAUCGAGCGCAAUCUCAAGGAGGACGGCAUCCAGGCGGCCAAGGACAUCAAACUGUUACUGCUCGGCGCUGGCGAAUCGGGAAAAAGUACAAUCGUUAAACAGAUGAAAAUUAUUCACGAAAGUGGCUUUACGUCAGAGGAUUUCAAACAGUAUCGACCAGUAGUGUACAGCAACACGAUACAAUCACUAGUUGCGAUACUGCGAGCGAUGCCAAACCUUAGCAUUGCGUUCGGCAAUAACGAACGAGAGUGUGACGCAAAGAUGGUGUUCGACGUAGUACAGCGGAUGCACGACACAGAACCGUUCUCGGAGGAUCUGCUAUUAGCGAUGAAAAGACUGUGGUCGGACUCUGGCGUGCAAGAGUGCUUCUGCCGCAGCAACGAGUAUCAGCUGAACGAUUCCGCAAAAUAUUUCCUGGACGACCUUGACCGAUUGGGUGCCAAGGACUAUCAGCCGACGGAGCAGGACAUCCUACGGACGCGUGUCAAAACUACCGGCAUCGUGGAGGUGCACUUCUCCUUCAAGAACUUAAACUUCAAGCUCUUCGAUGUCGGUGGCCAGCGGUCGGAGCGAAAGAAGUGGAUCCACUGCUUCGAGGACGUCACCGCCAUCAUCUUUUGCGUGGCCAUGUCGGAGUACGACCAGGUGUUACACGAAGAUGAAACCACGAACCGCAUGCAAGAGUCGCUGAAGCUGUUCGACUCGAUCUGCAACAACAAAUGGUUCACCGAUACCUCAAUCAUUCUAUUUCUGAACAAGAAGGAUCUGUUCGAGGAGAAAAUCCGGAAAAGUCCGCUGACAAUCUGCUUCCCGGAGUAUACGGGUGGACAGGAGUACGGUGAGGCGGCAGCCUACAUUCAGGCGCAGUUCGAGGCUAAAAAUAAGUCCACAUCAAAGGAAAUCUAUUGCCACAUGACAUGUGCAACGGACACCAACAACAUCCAGUUCGUGUUCGACGCCGUCACCGACGUUAUCAUAGCGAACAACCUGCGCGGCUGCGGUCUGUACUAAAUGGGGAGCAUUGUGCGCGCCCGUCUCGUGGUCGCCGUGUGCGCGGCCCGCGUUCCUCUCCCGCAAUGUAACCAGAAACAGCGGCAGCAGAAGAGAAGAACAACGUUUGCUCUGGGUGAGGGUGGCUGCCCUGUUUUCGUGUGUGGCAGCCCUACGGCCCAACCUUCUGCCCCCCCCCCGCCACCUCUAGCGCGUCAUACACACGCACAUACCCCGCUUAUAAUAAUGGAUUGAGAAAAGAUGUACAUCGAAACGGUCGGUGGAAGCGAUAUAGGGGCAUGAUUGUAUGUUUUGUUUUAUGUUGUUGCUGUUUUGUUUUUGGGUGUAUGUGAGAUACAUACCGGCGGGGGGUCACUUGUUCCCUAAUCCCCACGGGAAGCGGGAGUUCUAGGUCGCAACGGAUCAAAGGCCACAUGUUGUUGUAGCGCAAAGAUUUUGCAGGUUUAUUUUAUUGAGUUGUUGUUUUUUUUUUCGACGAAGGAUUACACAAGUCCACGGGGGUGGAUUGUCGGCCCUUGCACUAUAUCGUGAAGUACGCGAUAAGCUCUUACUAUCCCCCCUCGCCGCUGCUACAUUUGAGGAUCAUUCGGUGUCAUAUCGAGAGUCGGGAGAGAGAGAGUCGAAAGAAAAAGCUUCCUCGACAGGGGGUGAAAAACGGCGACGAAACCAAACAGAAUAUGAUGAAAGCAGUAAAAGAAGAGGGGAUAUGCUUAGCCACUAAUUUGACGUCAUCGCCGUUGGUUUAAUUGCGUUUCACUCUGAGCUGAGACAGAUCGGACACUAUGACAUUACAAUAGCACUUCGCCGAAGGAUACAAAAAAAGCAAACAAAAAAUAAUAUAAUUAUUAAUAAAACCAGCAGGGACAGUGGCAAUAGGCGGAAGGGUAGGGCGGGGCGAUGGGGGGAGAGGGAGGGAGGUUUACAAUGUGUUCAAAACUGCGGUGUGUAGUAGCGUACUUUUGGCCGUGGCAGGGAGAGGCAAGUACAAGCCAGAAGCAGCAGCCAACACUCUGAUCCGUGGGCUAGGAUCAGGACAGGAACGGGAGUGAACGUUGGGAGUGUUAGCAGCAGAAGCAGUAGUAUUAGUAGCAUACUCUACCUAAAUCGCAACAAACAAAAACAAACAAACAAACGGAUGAUACACAGAAACGCACAAGGAAAGCACUAUGCGCAAACUCUACUCUAGUGUGUAAUCUUACCUUAUACAUUUUCCCCCUCCAGAACGCAUACGAUCGGCAGAUAGCCGACAGGACCGUGAGCCAGUGUGUGUGUUUUGGUUACAGUGUUUUGGUAGCUCAAAAUGCUCUCACGCCCCAAGUCCCUCGUACGAUUAGUGUAACAAAAAGGUGUGGCAUGACAUGUUUUAUUCGAGUUUUCGAAUUCGAAUCACAUCGCAAAAAUGGAAC